AUGAAGUACGUUCAGCUUACAAUCGAGCUCAUCACCAAGGCCUUUGAGACAUUCUCCUCUAAGAAGGGAGUGGAGUUUAACAAGAAAGAUGCAAAUAAGAUCUUUAAGGCGCUUGAUGAGGAUGAGGAAGUAGAGAGAUACUACUUUUGUGGAGAAAAGUGCACCAAGUCCAAGCGCAAAUGCAUGAAGGAAGUUGAUGAUGAAGGCAUGCAUUGUUAUGUCCACGAUCCUGCGCGCAAGUGUCAAGGCACAACUAUUAAGGGUGCUAAUUGUGGUAGUGUAGCCAAACUUGGUCAAACAUACUGUGGACGUCAUCAAGAUCAAGAUAGAGGUUAUAUAAAACGUAGUAACAACAACGCACCUGUCGACAAGCGUACUAAGUCUUCCAAGGCUUUAAAGAAGACACAUACUUCUAAGUUUGUGUCUUCCGAUGACGAUAUGACUUCCGAGGAUGAAGAACCAAAGAAGCGAAAGAGAAACAAGCAGGAGUCAUCGGAUGAAGAGCCGUCCGAUGAUGAUGAUGAAGAAGAUAUAAUUGCCGUCUCCUUUCCGUUGAGUCCAAAGUACAUUAUUAGGCUAAAGGAAAAGAAUCUCUACAUUGCAUUGUGUCCACCUAAGCUCAUGGGCAAGAAUCUCCCUGCGCCAGAAAUAUCUGAGAAAGAGGCACGCAUAUUGGCCAAGAUGGGUCUUCAAGAGGCAACUUCAGCAGAUGUAGAAAAAAUAGAAGAGUCUUCUGCUGAUGAGAAUUCUGACGAUGAUACAGAUGAUGGUGAUACGUCUGAUAAUGCUGACUCUGACGAUGAUUCCUCUAAAGAUAAAGACUCUGAUGAUGGCAAGUCCAAUAACAGACCUGAUGUAGAAUCUGGAGAUGAUACCUCUAAGGAUAACCCUGAUGAAAAACUAUCUCAUAAAAAGCCAUCUAAGGAUGAUGAGAAGAAGACUUCUCGAAAGAAAAGGCAUUCAGAGAUGCCCAAAAAUGCAGAGCCAUCUUCUAAUGUAGAUGUUUCUAAGGAUGAAAAAGAUGAACACACAUUUGCACUGGCCACAACGUACAUUGUCAAGCUAUGUGGAAAGAAUACAUACGUUGGCCUGUUUACGCUUGAUCAUCUGCGUGGCGGUGGUGAUGUUCCAGAGAUGGAUAUCUUGGAACGCUCCAUGCUUAGCAAGAUGAAACUUCAAGAAAUGUCUGAUGAAGAGAGAAAGAUGCUUUUCAACGAGGAGGUCGAAGUAGAAGAGGAACUACCAGUGGAAGGACCGACAGAUAUAUCCAAGAUGAAAUGGAAAAGGUUUCACAAGCAGCAAUUGGAGUAUUCCAAGAAUGUACUUAUGAACUUGUAG